CUUUCUUCAUCAUCUCAGUUAGUCAUUUCAGAUCUGAAUUAACUACUUUAAAAAUACAAGAGAAAAGUGGCUUUAAUAGUUUUAGACCUUUUUUUUCUGACAGCUUCAAGAAACUAGUACCAGUGAAGUUUCGUAGACGUAAAGUCGUGAUGAUGAAGUGACGUGACACUGGGAAGGGGAAGUGGAUUCUCUCUUAUUGAGGUGUACUGAAGAAACUCAGACAGUUGUAAGAGUGAGAGCAGAAGAGGAACGACAGAGGAUCACCAUCAUGGAGUUUCAGUGGAUUCAGAUUUGUCUUGUUCUCAUAGCGCUGCCUCAGUUUACAGGUAAGAACGCUGAUAUCACAAAAAAGAAACACACACCUUUGGUUGAUUAUAAAAUUAAGGGCUGCAGAAUGAAUAUUUCCUCACUGUAAUGAACAUUUUUGCACUCAAAUUCAUUUCCUCCCAUUUUCUCAGCAGCAGCUCAAGCAAAAACUCUGUACCUCACCAUCAGAGAUGGAGAUGACGUGACUUUACCCUGUGAGAAUCUGAUAGCAAACCAGAUUAAUUGUGAGGGAACUGACUGGCGCUUUGAUGAUUCACCAAACGCAGCAUCAAUUCUGCUGUUUAGACAGGGUCGGAUCGGUAAAUAUGCUGGAUCUAAAUCAGGCAGACUGAGUGUGACAGAGGACUGUCAUCUGCAUAUAAAGAGAGUCUCAUUGGAGGAUGUUGGUCACUACCUCUGUCAGCAGUUCAACCCUGGAAGAAUGCACGACUCUAAUGCUCUUGUUGAUCUGUCUGUUGUUACCAGUGAGUGUUUUCACCUUGUUUCAAGCUCAAACUGUCAAUUGAAACAUUGCAAGAAUUAUCAUCACAGUCUCCUCUUGUCUUCUGAUAAUAUCUCCAUCUUCAACAGUGACUAAACAAAGGGGCAGUGAUUCAGUGACAUUUUCCGGCUCUGUGUGGGCACCUGACCAGUCCACAUGCAGAGUGAAGUGGCUUUCAGGGGGUGAAGUUGUGAGUGAACAUCACCAAGGUUUCAGGACACCAGACCGUCUUUGUUUCAGCUCUGCAGUCUUUCAGACUAAUCACCACUUUAUGAACAAAUCCAGAUCUAACUCACUGCAGUGUGAAGUGACAGUGGAUACCUCAGUACUUCUGUUUCCCUUCAGACCUCAGCCUUCAGGUGAGAGUGAGAAGUUACUCUAAACUCUUAUCAAUACCAGUCUGAAAAUACCACUGUGUCAAAAAAAAUUCAAAGAUCACCACACUUUUAUCAUCAACAGUCUGUAAAGUUGUUGAUUCUGUUUCAGGUCAGCAUGCAAGAACAACAAACAUCAUCACUACGACUGAAAGCAGCUUCGAAACAGGAAUUACAACAACGAAGUCUGCAAUAUGUAAUGGUCCAGCAAAUCUACAUGAUGGUGAGUCAGUUUUUAAAGUCUCAGGUAACAAUCACAUUUAAUAUUUACACAUGAAAGACAUGAUCGCUAUCUUGAAAUCCUAGAAGAGGAAGUGUCGUGUUUCUGUUCCCUGUCAGAUUUUUGUGGUCCUUCUGUUCUGGACUGGAUCAUGUUGUCUCUGCGUGUGUCUGAACUCGUCCUCAUCACUGUGAUCACUGUUCUUCUCUUCAGAGCUUCAGGUGGGAACCUUCAGACCAACAUGAGUUCAGUCUGAUGUUGUUUGGAGCUGAAAUCUGUCCCUCUGCUUUCUUUUCCAGGGAACCACAGACCUCCUGAUGAUUUCACUGUGAGUAUGACAGAGUUCAGAGUUGGAGCUCUGAGAUCAGACUGAUCAGGUCUAAAGUUCAACAGUUUUUUUCUAAACGUUGAGCUCCUCUGAUGUUUCUGACAGGUGUCUUAUGACGGAGAAGAGGUCACAGUGACGUAUGAAAAUGUUGAAGAGCCUUCAGCUUCAGGCAGACACCACUGA